AUGCCCUCCGAAUGUUUUUCCGCCCAGCUGGGCACCUAUGCUCUUGAUUUCCUAAAGAUUGAUACCCGUCCCACCUUCAUAGUUUCCAUUCCUGCCGAGUACUCGACCCCCGCGCAGCCUGGUACCGUCCUCUUCGCCAACGACGCACUACGGGAUAUAGAGCGCCGGGGCGAACUAGCCAUGUCCCCAGUCCUGACCGAAGGCUUCCUGAACAGCGGCGGGGGAUCAUUUCCCUCGGGCAAGUGGAGGUUCACGGCUGUGCCUGUGGGCAGUGGCAUCAUCAAGAGGAGGUCCAUUAUGGUUGUGACCGUGGAGAGUUUACCGGUGCUGGAAUGGGGUCUCGACCGCUGGGCGAAGGAGGUGAACGGGUGUAAAAUGGUACAGCCGGAGAAGGGUGGGGGUGAAGAAGCAAAGAUCGCGAGCAUGUCGCCCGUACCGGCGGCCAGUAUGACGAAUGGACAUAGGAGUAAUAGUUCUGCAGCUUCAAACUUGCCUGGUUACGAAGGCCAGGAGAACGGAAAGCAAUUGCCCAUAACGGAAAUAACAGUCUCGCCAGAGGAUUCAGAUUGCGAGGAUGAAAAGAGAAUACCGGGAGAGGAGAAAAAUAUUAAGGAUUUCCAAUUGAUCGCUGGUGGGCCAAUGUCUGGGGCGUUGUCGAUUUCUCCGGAGUCGAAAUUCAAGAUAUCGCAGCAGUCGAACGCUUUUAUGGAUUGGACACGAGGCAUAUCGCCUAUGCAGACUUCUCAACAUUAUUAUAAUUUGCGGCAAGUAGACUGGAGUAAAACAAGCUACGGCCCUUACAGCGAAUGGUCGCCAGUACUCCGAUUGGUUGCGAUUUCGAUAAUGACUAUGCCGUAUCCAACUGCGUUCUACUGGGGCUCGGACUACACCAUAUUAUAUAACGAGCAAUGGCGCACGAUAGCGCAAAAUAAAGAUCCAGAGCUGCUUGGUAAAACAUUCCGCAGCGGAUGGCCAGAACUCGCAGAUUACUUUCUACCACUAUUAGACGCUGCCUACCACAGCGGCCAAGGGACAGUCAAAGAGGCAAAACAGUUUUGCCUCCAUAGAGGGGACCUUAUUGAAGAAUGCUACUUUGACUUUUCGGUCUGCGCGGUAGUCGGUGAAGAAGGGACUCCAGUGGGUGUCCUGGAGCAGGCUUUUGAGCACACCCGCCAGAUUGUGUCGGCCAGACGUAUGGCUACUCUGCAGCGGAUGGGGGAGCUUCUGGGUGCUGUGAAGGAUUUGGAUGAAGAUGAUUUCUGGACCCUCGUUCUCGAAGCGUUUGACGACAAUCAUAUGGACUCACCCUUUGUGCUGCUCUAUAGGGCGGUUGAAGGCCAGUCGCCUGCUGGCUUCUGCCCGUCCUCGAAGGUGAGCUGUGUGCUUGUGGGUAACACUGGUCUCCCGGAGGGUGGUUAUAUUGCACCUAGGGAGUGUAGCCUGGGUGACAACCGCGGAUAUUUUUCAGAGCAGAUGAGAGAGGCAAAGGAGAUGUCGGGCGUUGUACUGAAGGAUCUGGGCUUUAGUGAUAUAAGGGAGAUGGAUAAUGCCGUGUACAGAGGUUUUGGGGAUAAGCCGAGCUCGGCGGUAAUCAUUCCAAUACAGGCGACAAAGACGACGACACAGGGGUUUUUGAUAUUAGGCCUAAAUCCACGGAGACCUUACGACGGGGACUAUAAAUUGUGGAUCAGCAUGUUGAAGAAGGAGCUUGCGACCACGACCGGAAGGGUUUUGCUACUAAAAGGGGAGAUAGCAAAGGCUAUAAGUGAAGAGACUGAGCGUGUUGCAAAGGUACAAGCCAUAGAGUUGCAGGAAAAGUUGGAGAAAAGGACAGCGGAACUGAGAGACAGUGAGCUGCUUUUCACCCGGAUAGCAGAGACGAUCCCUGUUGGCCUUGCGCUACUAAGUACGGAUGGGUCGAUCUUUUUCCGGAACGAUAGCUAUUUCCAGCUCACAUCACUACCGAAGGGAAGUGACGCUGAUGCAUGGCGCGAAGCUAUCUACGAAGAGGACCGCGCCCGUGUGUAUCAGUACUUCCGGGAUGUCGUCAACUCUCGCGUGUCCAUGCAAUGGGAGACUCGAGUCGGCUACGACCCUUCGAACCCACAAGGCUGGAAGUACUGGUGCACCUGUUCUGUCGUUCCCCAGACAAACAGAGGCCCAGACGGGGAGGAAACAUUGAUGGGAUACAUACUAACACUCGCGGAUAUCACAAGCAUUAAGCUGAACGAAGAGUACCAGCGGCAGCUGUCCACACAAGCGGUCGAACGCAGACGACAGCAAGAGAACUUUAUAGACGUGUUCUCGCAUGAGCUACGGAACCCGUUUUCGGCGACGCUCCAAUGUGCCGAUGGGAUCCUGAGCGCGCUGAUGGAAUUCCAGAACAAUGGAGAAAAGGAGCACGGGUUGGACGUGGAGGAGAUGAUCGAUUCCGCUUCAACAAUUUUGGUUUGCGUUCAGCACCAGAUGCGGAUUAUCGACGAUGUACUUACGCUGAGCAAGCUGGAUUCGAUGCUGCUAAGUGUGGUUCCGGUAGACGUGCAAAUGCACGAGACUGUGAGCCAGAUUAUGAAAAUCUUCCAGUCGGAGCUGCAUGUCAAGAGGAUUACAUGUGAAUACAUGAUCGAGGACUCGUACAAGGAACUUGCAGUAGACUGGGUUAAAGCUGAUCCAUCAAGAUUUUCGCAGAUUCUGAUGAACCUCAUUACCAACGCCAUCAAAUUCACGUCUCUCCAGACCGGCAAGCGCCAGAUAACUACCCGCCUUGGAGCAUCAUUGGAGAGGCCUACCGGCCAUGGCACCGUAGUCUACCGCAACGGCGACCAGGUCCGUCUACAAGAUAUCCCCACAGCUGACUGGGGGUCUGGGGAAGUGGUCUAUAUCCUUAUCACCGUUGAAGACAGCGGCAUAGGAAUCAGCGAAGAAUGGCAAAAAAAGCUCUUCAAGCGCUUUGAGCAAGUCCCUCGAACGCACGUUACCUAUGGCGGUUCAGGCCUUGGCCUUUUCAUCUGCCGUCAGCUCUGCCGCAUUCAAGGUGGCGAGAUUGGUGUCCACUCCCAGGAAGGCCGCGGCAGCUCUUUCUCAUUCUACAUCCGUGCCCGUCGCUCUGUGGGCCUUCCAGAUGCCCCGCGAACAUCUCCGAGACCACAACCAUCGCCGCGCGCAAGUUCCACUACCGAUCGCAAGAUAUCAAAGUUUGAAGAGAUUGCCACAGCGCCUGCCGGUGAGGUCGGCGUUGUAGCCAUGAAAACCUACCCACGCCCGUUUCAUCCGGGAGCGGCGGUGCGCGAGCAGGUUUCUUACAACGUACUCAUUGUUGAAGACAACCUCAUCAACCAGGAGGUGCUGCGGCGGCAGUUACGUAAAGAGGGGUGCAUAACGCAUGUCGCGGGGAAUGGAGAGGAGGCGCUGAAAGUCAUCGCUGAAUCCGUGUUUACAAAGCAGGAAGGCGGCAUCAGGAUUGAUAUCGUCCUAAUGGACAUGGAGAUGCCUGUGAUGGAUGGGAACACGGCGACGCUCAAAAUACGUGAGAUGGAGAGAGAGGGCGUUAUUAAGAGGCAUGUGCCUAUCAUGGGCAUCAGCGCGAAUGCGAGGACAGAGCAGGUCGCGAAGAUGACGGAGGCGGGGAUGGACGAUGCAAUAUCGAAGCCGUUCCGCAUUGCUGAUUUACUGACUCGAUUCGACACACUUCUGAAGAAGCUGCAGGAGGGUACGGCUGCCGACCAGGACGAAUCGUUGGAUACGUAG